UCCUCUUGCUUUUCUGCGGGCGUAUCUAUUUGUACGGUGUUCUACGACAAAUCAAAAAGUGCAGUUAGGUUAGAGCAGACUGGAACGUGUUGGAGUAAACGUCGGAGCUGGUCGGAGCUGAUUGAAUAAGUUGUACUUGAUAUUCCUGGGGUGUCUUGAAUAUUAUCGAGUAUCACAAAACUUAUCGCGAUGUAGUCCUACAUGCACACAGCGAGUCCAGAUCAUUACGUUUUAUUUUGAACUCGCUGAGCUACGUACGAUGGGCGAAUAACGACGUGGCAAAAUGUCUCACGUUGAAUCGUGCAAGGUCCGGCAACAAAAUGAAUUGGAAGUCUUAAAGUCCAUUUUUGGGGAUGAGUUGCAUGACUUAAGGAAGAAUAAGAACAAGAAGAAAUGGCAGCCUCUGGAUAUUGUUGUUACCUUGACACCGCAGAAAGGUAUGUCCGGACCAGCAGAGAUUCACGCACAAAUAGAUCUGCACAUUACAUGCUGCGACAAAUAUCCUGAUGAAGUACCAACUAUUCAGCUGCAAAAUAGCAGAGGUUUGUCCCAUCAACAGGUCGCAGUCUUGUCAUCGGAACUUGAAAACCUGGCACAAAAGUUAAGGGGCGAAGUUAUGAUCUUUGAAUUUAGUCAACAUGUUCAAAAGUACUUGCACGAGCAUAAUAAACCAGGUUACAGCAGCUUUUAUGAGGAGAUGGUAUUGAGAAAUCAGGAGAGGAUACAGUGUGAAAUGCAAGAGAAGCAGAUGAAGGAGGAUAAAGAGAGACAGGUUCUGCAAGAUGCCAUUCAAAAACGUCAAGAGGCCUUGAAGGCUGAAAUGCGCACUCGGAGAGAAACGGUUCGACUAGCUUCGGAUUUUGACACCCAUACCGUCUUUCGAUCCAUACCGUCAUCGCCGCACGAGCGAGGGACGAACCGUUUCAGACGUCGAUGUGUCAGCACGUCCGAAAGUUCCGAAGGGUCUUUGUGUGAGCACAGAGGUACGAAGCUCAUCCAUUUCGACAGCAAUAAAGGCGAGAGACAAGUGCACCGAGGAAAAUGCCUGGGGCACAGCGCGAAGGGUUCUGUGGUUUACGCUGGUGUAGACAUGACCACCGGUGAACUAUUGGCCAUAACAGAAUGGACACUGAAAUGCACGGCGAUAGCGAACGGCGGUUGCACCCGAGAAGCCAUCGAUAUACAUCACGCCAUGAAGCAGAUCGCCAGCUUGGAGCAAGAGCUAAAUCAUUUGUACAGAUUGCAUCAUCCGAAUCUCGUGCAUUAUUUAAACAUGAAAUACAUGCAGAACAACAAUAACGUGGUGAUUUACGUGCUUCAAGAAUUCGUGGUUGGAACCACAUGCUCUUUCUUUUUGAUGGAAAACAUUCCAGUCGAUGUCGAUAUGCUGAGACAUUUGGCAACGGGUAUCCUCGAGGCAUUGCGAUACCUCCACGAGAAUAAUGUAGUGCAUAAAGAUUUACGCGACACCAGCAUUUAUAUAGACCACACGGGUCUUGUAAGAUUGUCCGACUAUUCUUUAGAUAAAAGACUGUCAGAUAUGUAUCAUUCAAAUUCUUUUGCAAAGACUGAACAUGAUUUUCCAACAAUUCAAGGCCGAGGUGGUAAAAAAGCUGAUAUAUACAGAUAUGGAAUAUUACUGCUUUCAUUACUGAAAGGAACCAUCAUAUCCGGAGAAGAAAUCGACCUAACAGUAAUUCCACAGCUUCAUUUGAGGGAUUUUAUUUCAAAAUGUCUUAUCGAUGACGAAAGAAUGCGUUGGUCUGCAGAACAAUUGCAACAACAUGGUUUUAUAAGAAUACCGUUAGAACGUGGCUUAUCGCCCACGAUACCAGAUCAUGAUGAGGAGGAGACGAAUUUAGAGCCGGAAGAACCGGAUAUUGAUAUUCAAUUACACUUACCGUCGAUGGGUAGACAAUCGCGAAUAAGAAACGAAUUCGAAGUCUUGAAGUGGCUGGGAAAGGGAGCCUUCGGUGACGUUCUGAAAGUGAGAAAUAAAUUAGAUGGUGGUAUUUACGCUAUUAAACGCAUAGAAUUGAAUCCAAAGAAGAAACAGCUGAACAAGAAGAUAACGCGCGAAGUGAAACUGCUCUCUAGGAUGAAUCAUGAGAAUGUAGUGCGUUAUUACAAUUCGUGGAUUGAGAGUGCCACCCUGGACGAUUCGGUUAGGCAUAGUCAAUUCACGCCGAUCACCACAUCUUCAGAUAGAACACCCAACACACAGGACAAAGUGGACUUAGUUAAUCAACUGGAAAAUGAUGAAAUAGAAAAGUUUGCUCCACCGUUAAAUGACGUUGAGUGGAAUAUAUCAUAUGAAUCUCGGGCGAAUGUGGCUGAUAGCGACGAUGAGAAUAGCGACGCUUCGACUGAUUCUGAUAGCGAAGAACACUGCUCGUUUCUAAUGCGGAAUUUGCUACGUAUCGAAUCUUCUGAUAGUAUCGAAUUCGAAAGAGAUGGUAUAUCACAAAAAUCCAUAGUGACAUCGGACAUUUCGAGCAAUGAGGUUAAAGAUACCGAAAUCUCUAGCGAGGAUGUAACGGUAAAAGAGAUACAAUUCAUGUACAUACAAAUGGAAUUUUGUGAGAAAAGCACAUUAAGAACUGCCAUAGAUAAUGGUUUGUACGAAGACGAGGAACGUUACUGGAGACUGUUUCGAGAAAUUGUAGAAGGUUUGGCGCAUAUUCAUCAGCAGGGUAUGAUACACAGAGACUUGAAACCCGUAAAUAUCUUCCUCGAUAGCAACGAUCACGUCAAGAUAGGAGAUUUCGGACUGGCAACGACUAAUAUAUUGUCGUUGGUUCAGACCAUCGAUGCCGAUAAAGAAUCACAAUUUGAGAAAGGUGGAAGUUAUGACGUGGAAGAAUUGGGAUCUCUCACUGGUCAAGUUGGUACAGCUCUAUAUGUGGCACCCGAACUUUCCGCGAAAGCUGCCAAGGCGAUUUACAAUCAAAAAGUGGAUAUCUACAGCUUGGGAAUUAUCUUUUUUGAAAUGACGUACAAGCCAUUAACUACCGGAAUGGAGCGUGUCAAGAUGCUGUUAAAUUUGCGCUCGAAAGAAAUUGUUUUUCCUCCUGAUAUACCAGAAACAGAUACGCCCCAAGUUCAUAUCAUACGUUGGCUGCUGACUCAUGAUCCAAGCCAACGACCUACUGCUCAGGAAUUACUCUCUUCUACGUAUUUACCCCCACCGUUGGAAGAUACGGAAUUGCAAGAAGUGAUGCGCCAUACGUUAUCCAAUAGUCAAAGUAAAGCAUACAAAUAUUUAGUGGCAUCAUGCUUCACGCAAGAUGUUACGCCGGCGGAAGAUAUUACUUAUGACAUGAAUUUGCCUAUUAGGGGAAUGCCAAGUGUUCUUUCCUCAAAAAAGCAGUUUUUACAAGAAAGCGUGAAGCAAAAGAUCAUCGAAAUAUUUCAAAAGCACGGUGGGAUACAUCUCGCGACUCCACUGUUAAUGCCUAAAUCAGUUCAGCAUUCCAACUUAACCGAAUCUAGUGUGAAAUUGAUGACCCGUACCGGCAGUAUAGUUUCUAUACCUCAUGAUCUCCGUACCCCUUUCGCUCGAUACGUCGUAUGGAAUAACAUCUCGCAUAUUCGAAGAUAUGCUAUUGAACGUGUCUUCAGAGAUAAAAAGGCUCGAGGAUUUCAUCCAAGAGAAUUAUACGAAUGUGCUUUCGACAUCAUUAGUCCUAUAGAUAACAAUUUAAUGACAGAGGCUGAAUUAAUCUUCAUUAUAUGGGAGAUCUUUAACGAGUUACCGCAAAUUCGAGAAAAUAAUUUCAUAGUGCGUUUAAAUCACACGUCGCUGCUACAAGCUGUGUUAAUGUAUUGCGGCGUGGAGAAGGACAAGUAUCAGGAUAUCUAUUCCAUACUGCAGGAUGCUCGCGAUGGAAAGUUAACUAAAUUUCAAGUUCAAACGCAUUUGAUAAGUUUAUGCCUGACUGAUCAAGCUAUGGAAACGCUUUUUAAUUUACUCGAAACGGAAAGUUCUGUUGCAAAAAUUACCAGUAUUUUGAGGACAAUAACGAAGAGAAAAGGAGACGCUGCAGGUUUAGCCAAAGAAGGCUUGAAAGAUAUAGAGACUAUUAUAUCUAAUGUAGAGUGUUUGGGCGUUAAGUGGCCUAUUACUGUCGUACCUUUACUAACGUACAAUGUACAACAAUACAGUGGUGUGAUAUAUCAAAUAACUUGCGAGCUAAAGCAUAGACGGAGACGAGGCGGUCAAGAUAUCAUAGCCGCAGGUGGUCGAUACGAUAAAAUGCUGAUAUCGUUUAGAAAAGUUUUAGAGCGCACCGGAAUGGCUAGUAAGGAGACAAAACAAUAUGGUGCUGGUAUUAGCAUAUCGUUAGAUAAGCUUGUAUCUGCUGUUACCGAGACGUGCGAGGGUGGUGAAAGUAAAUGUGGUAUCGACGUGGCUGUAUGCUGCGAAGGAAGUCUGGAAAACGAGGGAAGAAGAGAAAAGGAUUUGAUCAAUGUAUUACGAGAAAUCUGGUCAUUAGGAUUGAAGGUUACAACAUUGGAUCUAUGCACUAUGGAGGAAAUAUUAGAAUACUGCCGAGAAAAUUCUAUAAGUCAUAUAGUAUUAUUAAGAAACGGCACUCUAAGAGUACAAACAUGGGAGAGAGACCGAUUUCAAGAGAAGAAAUGGAAUACCAUACAGGAUAUUGUCGAAUAUUUACAACGUCAAUCGGAAACAACGUUGCCAAUCUUGAAUAGAUCUGAAAGUAAAAUGAGUGGGAAUGAUGUAUCAAUAACGAACAGCAAUCCGGUUAACGUUAACAUCAAUUUUAUUCUCUCCGAACGAGACAAGCUAUCCGGAAGUGGUAGAAGAAGUUUUAAGAACACUAUAUUAGCACAAAUGUCGUCCUACUUGCAAAGAAUAUCGUACAAAGUUCCUGUAGAGAUUUUUGCAGUCUUUUUGGAGAUGUCUGUUUUAAGAACAAUGAUCAGUUUUCUGGAGAUCGAUGAGGAGGAACAGAUCUUUCAAAAAAGCAUUCAGAUUGUAAUAGAUAAACAUCCACGGCAUAAGAAAUAUAUCAAACAAAUAUGCGAGGAAAUGAGGGAACUACGGAACGAAAAGUCCAAGCCUGUAGAAAUUCUUUAUAGCUUGAUAGAUAGUAAACAUGUGACUUUAAUAUAAGUGAUAUUGAAACCGAAGAAUUUAUAUUUUCGUAACAAUUAUGUGAGAUCAGUAAUGAUGAAUGAUUGAAAUGUAUGUUAAAAUAGAUGAUCAACGUAUAAGACAUAUACAUUAGAUACUUAAGCUUUUUUUGUACUACAUAUAUAUUUUUAAAUAUCAAUGUUUAAUAAAAAAAGUAAACUAAAA